AUGCGGGAAUUGGCUGGUAUACGUGAUUCUGAACGUUUGAUCAAAGCAAAAAAUGAUGCUGUUCAAGAUGCUGAAAAUAAGAUCAAAUUCUUGGCGGACAUGAGUCAUGAAAUCAGAACUCCUAUGAAUGCUGUGAUUGCCUUGACUGAUCUUCUAUUACAAGAACGUUCAAGUUUGAAUGAUGAACAAAUUGAACAUUUAGAUGUCAUACAAACAAGUGGUCAUCAUUUGCUAACGGUGAUCAAUGAUAUAUUGGAUAUUUCAAAAAUCAAUCAUGAUCCAAAAUUCAAAUUGGAAAAUCGAAGAUUUAGUCUCAGGAAAUGUAUUAAAGAUGCAUUAAAUAUGGCUCGACAUCAAGCAUCCAUGUCGCAAUUAAACAAAAUGGUCUAUGUUGUAGAAUGUCCGCCUGAUAUGGAUGACAAUGUGCCUGUACAACACACCAUUGCCUCUUUAGAACGUUUAGGCAUAUUACCUCCUUUGGCCUCUCAGUACAAAAACAAGGUGCUUUUACCACUGAUUUGGAAUAUUGAUUCUGACGUACCUGAUUAUCUAAUGGGUGACACCAUGCGCCUGACUCAAAUCUUACUCAAUUUGUGUUCAAACGCUGUCAAGUUUACCAAAAAGGGCGGUAUAAGGGUUCGAAUUAAGCGAUAUGUACCAACGCCAAUUCAAACUAUCAGUCAUCAAUCCAAACUCAAACAACGAUAUGAAGCAAGACUGGAAACGAUUUAUACUCGGGCUAUGCAAGGAAAAGAUUCAAAAUUUCAAGAUGAUAAAGAAGCUAGCGCAGGCGCAAGCGAUGAUGAUGAAGAGGGAUCCAUGGACAAUGAAGGACGAUUAGAAAAAACUAUCUUGGAAAUAUGUGUGACGGAUACUGGUAUCGGGAUCCCUGCUGAUCGUUUGCCUCGUUUAUUCAAAUCUUUCUCUCAAAUUGAUAUCUCCACUGCUCGACGAUAUGGUGGUACAGGAUUAGGUUUGGCUAUCUCAAGUACCUUGGUCAAUAGAAUGGGUGGUGGACUUUGGGUUGAAUCUGAAGAAGGUGUGGGUUCAAGAUUUGCUUUGACAUUACCAAUGACUAUUGCAUUAGGUCGAUGUAUGCGUACAUAUGGUUCUGAAAGUACAACAACAAGUAGUUUUGUCACCUCUCCACCUUCUCCAACACCAGCAUCAUCUGGGCGUGCUGCAUUUCGUGGACCAGCAACAAAAACUUCCAGUAAACAUCAUCAUCAACGAAAAAAUACUGGUAGUGAUGAGAAUUUUGCCUUGAUGUAUCCUGUGAAAAUCUUGUUGGCUGAAGAUAAUGUUUUGAAUCAAAAAAUCGCUGUUAGUAUUUUGAAAAGACUUGGAUAUCAUGAUGUUGUAGUGACCAACAAUGGAAAAGAGGCACUAGAGAUUAUGCAAAAAAUCAAAUUUGAUGUGAUCUUUGUAAGUAAAUGGAUGAGAUGGGAAAAGAAUGAACUCAUAUAUAUAUAUACAUAG